CGCCGGGCGGGGGAUGCGGCGGGGCGGCGGCGGCACCGGGACAUGGAGCGGCGCUGAGGCGGCUCGGGCCGGCCGGGGGCGCGGGCACUGCGGCGCCGGGCGCGGGCCCAUGGUGGCCGGCCGCCGCUGAGCGCCGCGGCCGCGGAGGCAGCCCGGGCGGAGCCGCCCUGGGGUCCCGAGGGCGGAGGCCGGCGGGGGCCCCGGGCGGGGAACAAUGAAGCUGCUGAAGCCGACCUGGGUCAACCACAAUGGUGAGGGCCGGCCGGGCAGCAGGUGCCGCGGGCCGGCCGGGCAGCAGGUGCCGCGGGCCGGCCGGGCAGGAAAGCCAAUAUUUUCAGUGGACAUUCACCCAGAUGGGACCAAGUUUGCAACAGGAGGACAAGGUCAGGAUUCUGGCAAAGUUGUGAUCUGGAAUAUGGCUCCUGUCCUGAAAGAGGAAGAUGAAAAGAAUGAAAAUAUCCCCAAGAUGCUUUGUCAGAUGGACAAUCACUUAGCUUGUGUGAACUGUGUGCGAUGGUCGAACAAUGGCGUUUACUUGGCCUCGGGGGGAGAUGACAAGCUGAUUAUGGUGUGGAAACGAGCUGCGUACAUUGGACCUAGCACUGUGUUUGGUUCUAGUAGCAAACUUACUAAUGUUGAGCAAUGGAGGUGUGUGUCGAUUCUCAGAAGCCAUUCAGGGGAUGUGAUGGAUGUAGCAUGGUCUCCACAUGAUGCCUGGCUGGCAUCCUGUAGUGUUGAUAACACUGUUGUCAUCUGGAACGCUGUCAAAUUCCCAGAAAUUCUUGCCACUUUGAAGGGGCAUUCUGGCUUGGUGAAAGGGCUGACCUGGGAUCCUGUUGGAAAAUACAUUGCCUCUCAGGCUGAUGAUCGGAGUCUGAAGGUGUGGCGGACCAUGGACUGGCAGCUGGAAACCAGCAUCACAAAACCUUUUGAUGAGUGUGGAGGGACAACUCAUGUGCUGCGCCUUAGCUGGUCACCUGAUGGUCACUAUCUUGUUUCUGCUCAUGCCAUGAAUAAUUCUGGACCCACUGCUCAGAUCAUUGAGAGGGAUGGAUGGAAAACCAACAUGGAUUUUGUAGGGCACCGGAAGGCAGUUACAGUAGUGAAAUUCAAUCCAAAAAUCUUCAAAAAGAAACAAAAGAAUGGGAGCUCCACCAAGUCAAGUUGUCCCUACUGCUGUUGUGCUGUCGGUAGCAAAGAUCGCUCUCUGUCUGUCUGGCUCACGUGUUUGAAGCGACCUUUAGUUGUCAUCCAUGAGCUGUUUGACAAAUCAAUCAUGGACAUCUCCUGGACCCUUAAUGGACUUGGUAUCCUGGUGUGUUCCAUGGAUGGAUCAGUGGCAUUUUUGGACUUUUCCCAGGAUGAACUUGGGGAUCCACUCAGUGAGGAGGAAAAGAGCAACAUUCACCAGUCCACCUAUGGCAAAAGCCUGGCUAUCAUGACUGAAGCUCAGUUGUCCACCACCAUUAUUGAGAAUCCAGAGAUGCUCAAGUACCAGCAGAGGCAGCAGCAGGGGGAUCAGAAGAAUUCCUCAAUUCGGGAAGGCUCUGGGAAUUCCACAGCUCCCAAAGUGGCAAGCAUGGUUAAUGGGGAGAGUCUGGAGGACAUCAGAAAGAAUCUCUUGAAAAAACAAGUGGAAACACGAACAGCAGAUGGUCGGAGAAGGAUCACACCUCUCUGCAUAGCUCAACUGGACACUGGGGAUUUUUCUACAGCAUUUUUCAAUAGCAUCCCAAUAUCUGGAACUCUGUCUGGCUCAAUGAUGUCUUCUCAAAGUAACCAGCAGCUCAUGUCACUAGAUUCGAACGCAGCAAAUUCCCUCAAUACUUCAAAGCCUUCUGUAGAGCCAACAGCAGCCAGUAUAAAACCAACAGAUGAUGCAGCCAAUAAAGAUGGUGUAAAUGCUACCUCUGCCUCAGCUGCUCCUUCUGCAUCGUCUUCCUCUGUGUUGACAACUCCAUCCAAGAUUGAGCCCAUGAAAGCAUUUGAUUCUCGAUUCACAGAACGAUCCAAAGCCACCUCAGGGACUGCUGUUGUAACAAACACAAAUCAGACUGUUGUGGACAGACUUUUUUUUUACAGACUGAAGGAUCAGAAUUUAAUUAAAGACAAUAAGCCCAAGGAUAUUCUGGAGAGCAGCAGUGACAGUGAAGAGAAGAUUCCAGCUGUCAAACCACUCAGUGUACCCAAACGGAAACUGGAACUUGAGGGAGAAACAGUAGAAAAGAAGAAAAAAGGAAGGCCUAGGAAAGACUCCAGACUUGUACCAGUAACUUUAACUGUUCAGUCCCCAGCUACACUGGCCUCUGAGAAGGAUGCUGCUUGCAUCUCUGCACCAGCAUUAGCACUUAAACUGCCAACCCCAAUCCCACAGAAAUCGUUUACUUUGCAAAUAAGUUCAGAUCCAUCAAUGUACCUUGAAGUGGAGAAUGAAAUGACCACGGUGGGGGGCUCAAAGCUGAGCAGGUUAAAGUGUAAUAGAGAGGGGAAGGAAUGGGAGACAGUCCUGACCAGUCGAAUCCUCGCUGCAGCAGGAAGCUGUGAGAUUGUAACUGUGGCCUGUGAGAAACGAACACUGUCAGUAUUCUCAGCUUGUGGUCGUCGCCUUCUUCCUCCUAUAAUAUUGAACACACCCAUUUCCACCCUGCACUGCACAGGCUCCUGCAUCAUGGCUCUCACCACUGCUGCUACGCUCUCUGUUUGGGAUGUUCACAAGCAGACAGCCAUUGUCAGAGACGAGUCUUUGCAAACAAUAUUUUCAGGAAGUGAUGCAACUGUCUCUCAGAUCUUGCUGACUCAGCAUGGAAUUCCUGUCAUGAGCAUGUCUGAUGGGAAGGCAUACUGCUUUAAUCCUUCUCUUUCUACAUGGAAUCUUGUUUCUGACAAACAGGACUCUCUAGCACAAUGUGCAGACUUCAGGACUAGUUUGCCAUCUCAAGAAGCCAUGCUGUGUUCUGGGCCCUUGGCUGUGAUACAGGGACGCACAUCCAAUUCAGGAAGGCAAGCUGCAAGAUUGUUCUCCAUGCCUCAUUUAGUGCAACAAGAAACAACACUUGCAUACCUGGAGAACCAGAUAGCAGCAGCACUUAUUUUACAAUCCAGUCACGAAUAUCACCACUGGCUCCUUAUCUAUGCACGGUACCUAGUUAAUGAAGGGUUUGAAUAUCGUUUGCGAGAAUUAUGCAAGGAUUUACUGGGUCCAGUCCAUUACUCAGCUGGAAGUCAGUGGGAAUCAACAGUUAUGGGUUUACGAAAGAGAGAACUAUUGAAAGAGCUUCUUCCUGUUAUUGGACAGAACCUCCGCUUCCAGAGGCUUUUCACAGAGUAUCAAGAGCAGCUGGACAUCUUGAGAGACAAGUAGCAUGUCCCCAGAUUUUCCCUGUGGGGCCUGGUCCCAGUGAAACUGCUGAACAGCGUUACCAGAGACAAGAGAGGAGCGAGAGCCCGGCCAGCGGGGACACUCCUGAAGAAGGGCUGUGCCACAGAGGUCCCUGGAUUCCUGGAAAUGAUGAGUGCAGGAGCUCGACAGUUUCCCCAGUGAAACUUGACCAUUGAAGCUGUGACCUCUGUUUCUAUGGAAAGUCAUGGAUAUGUACUUCAGGGGGAUCCUUUUGGAUCUGGAUCUCAUUUAAUAUUAAAACUAGCUGAGAACUGUU